AUGGUGCAACUCAAACCUUUUGUCGUUCUUUUCUUGGGCACUGUGGCGGCGUUCCCGCGAGAGGUGUAUGAAGUCCACCAGGUGAUUGAGGAGAGGAAAAUUGAUCAGGCGCUAUGCAAGCCAGUCAGUGCUGUCAUCAAAGUGUUGCGGGUGGUAAAUAGUGCAACGGCGUUUUGCUCUUCGUUCCUCAGCAUCUCGACUGUCACGGUCAAGUCUACGACGACAUCAGUUACUACCACCACGUCGACAAUCACUGACCGCACGACCACCACGGUCGUCGGAGGUGAUGCGGGAACCGUGACUGUUACGGCGGCGGAAGUCACUGCAACUGCCUUCACGACGAUUACCAGCUUGACACAAAUCUGCCCGACGGUCCUGAAGCGUGAAGCUGCAACGGCAGCCAGCGAACCCACACUAGUUGCAAUCAACGCCAAGAGGGCAGAAGAGCCCGUGAAGCGUGCUGCAGUCACCAAGAAGAUCGUUCUCGACUGCUCAAAGGCACCACUUGCGUUAAAGGUCUUCGGCUGCCCGCUCGUGUCGACCGCAUGCGAAUGCUUGUCUAUACCGACACCCACGACGACUUCGGUAGUGACAGCUACGUCAGUGUCUACGGUGACAGCUAAGGCUACCGUCACCGACACAGCCAAUAUUGCUGCUACCACGACGUCUACCCCGACGGCCACAACUGUCAGUACCGUAACAGUUGUACAGCCGACAUGUCCCUGCACCUUUGAUAAACCAAACCUGUGUGGCACAACCUGCGUCAGCCUGGCGGAUGACCCCAACAAUUGCGGUAGAUGUGGCAACACGUGUGCGUCGCGCGACUGCCGUGGCGGACAAUGUCGCCCACUUACCACAUGCCCACAGGCAGGCCAGUGCGGUAACAGCAUCAUGUGUGGAGGAGCAGGCUGCUAUUGCCGGCAGACGGUCUCCAAUGGAGCCCUGUGCUUAAUGGGCAGCGCAUGCUCCCCGGCCUGUAGUGAGGAUGCAGACUGCGGUGUUGGAGGCUUCUGCGCUCUGAACACUUGCUGCGGCGGUGGAGUCUGUGAUUAUCUUAAUGAUAUUUGUGGGAACCCAAGAGCUCCAAAGUUCAUGUUCAGGAAGAGGAGCCUGCAGACCAGAGAUAAGACUACGCAAGAUCAUGUUGGGACUGACCAUUGA